CGUGCUUACGUAUGCGGAAACGACUGUCAGAGAACUAGAGAAUCAGUAAACGGUCUCUGAAGGCAGGAGCAAGUGUCGCUCCUGGUGUGUAAUAGCUUUUUUUUACCCAUUAGAGCACAGUGGGCCGGUGGUGGAUGAUAGAGGGGGCCAGAAGAGCGAGCAAAGUAAAAUGGACGACGCCAAGAAAGAGGGGAGUAUGGCAGACGGGAUCCGGGGACCGGGUGAGCUGCAAAUGGCCCCCUCUGUGAACCACAAUCAGCAUGAUAACGGCACUGGCGACGAGCUGGUGAGCUCUGUGACGCUUUACAGGCGAAGGCCCCGGCUGCUACACGGCACCGUCCUCCCGUUUCUGGUAGUCCUUUACCCGAGCUGGCUGUAUGUGUGGUUAGGAGUAUACGGCGCCUCAGACUAUCCGGAGGCAGGCCUCCUGGCGCUUGCCGCAAUCGGGAUCGCGCACGUCCUCACAGCGCUCUCUGGUUAUUGGUCCGUGCAUGCGCAUUGUUGGCUCACUUGUUCCAAGGAACCAGAUCCAAACAAAGCUACUCUGGCAAAGGUCAUACCUACCCCCAACAACGGCUCUGCUGAGCUUGUGGCAUUACAGAGGGACCAGGAUGAAAAUGGGGAGCCAAUUCUAUCUUUUGAGUUUCAAAAGAUCCGUUACAUUUUUGACUAUAAAGAGAAGAAGCACUUUUUUCCGAUAGCAUUCCCUGUCAGCCACCCAAUAGGAUACUUUCAGUCUUGGCGUGGCUACCAAGAGGAGGUCGAACUCCGAGCUGCAGAGAAGCGCUAUGGCACCAAUCGUGCUGAAAUGGUAGUGCCAGAUUUCCUUGAGCUUUUCAGAGAGAGAGCCACAGCUCCAUUUUUUGUUUUUCAGGUGUUUUGUGUAGGGCUGUGGUGUCUGGACGAGUAUUGGUACUACAGCGUUUUUACUUUGUUCAUGCUGGUGGCUUUUGAAGCCUCCCUCGUCCAGCAGCAAAUGAGGAAUAUGUCUGAAAUCCGCCGGAUGGGAAACAAGCCCUACAUGAUACAGGUAUAUCGCAACAGAAAAUGGAGACCUAUUUCAAGUGACGAGCUUGUACCUGGUGACAUUGUCUCAAUAGGACGUUCACCUCAGGACAACUUGGUCCCAUGUGAUGUGCUGCUACUCAGGGGUCGUUGCAUUGUAGAUGAGGCUAUGCUGACUGGAGAGUCUGUGCCCCAGAUGAAGGAACCAAUAGAGGACCUGGACCCAGAACAAGUUCUAGACCUUCAGUCAGACUCUAGACUCCAUGUCAUUUCUGGGGGAACAAAGGUGGUCCAACAUAGCCCCCCUUUAAAGGCCAGUGCUGGACUCAAACCUGUUGACAAUGGCUGUGUGGCCUAUGUGUUAAGAACAGGAUUUUAUACCUCUCAGGGUAAACUGUUAAGGACCAUCCUCUUUGGUGUGAAGAGAGUGACAGCAAACAACCUGGAGACAUUCAUCUUCAUCCUCUUCCUCCUUGUGUUUGCCAUUGCUGCAGCUGUUUAUGUGUGGGUAGAAGGGACCAAGGAUGUCAGCAGAAAUCGCUAUAAGCUUUUUCUGGAGUGCACACUUAUCCUCACUUCAGUUGUUCCACCAGAACUUCCCAUAGAGUUGUCUCUGGCAGUUAACACUUCUCUCAUAGCCCUGGCUAAACUUUAUGUAUUCUGUACUGAGCCUUUCAGGAUACCAUUUGCAGGAAAAGUGGAAAUCUGCUGUUUUGAUAAAACAGGAACACUGACUAGUGAUAGUCUGGUGGUACGAGGAGUAGCAGGCCUGAGGGAAGGAAAGGAAGUAAUGCCAGUAUCUGAGAUUCCAGUCGAGACGCAUCGAGUAGUGGCCACCUGUCACUCACUGGUCACUCUGGAUGAUGGACAGCUGGUUGGAGAUCCACUGGAGAAGGCCAUGCUGACUGCUGCUGACUGGAGCCUUACUAAAGAUGAAAAGGUGUUCCCACGUGGUAUAAAAACCCAGGGACUUAAGAUACACCAGCGAUUUCACUUUGCCAGCGCACUGAAGAGAAUGUCAGUCCUAGCCUCUUAUGAAAAAAUGGGCUCUACUGAACUUUGCUAUAUCUCAACUGUGAAAGGAGCUCCAGAGACACUCAGAGGAAUGUUUGCAGAAUGUCCAGCGAGUUAUGACCAAGUCCACAGGGAAAUGUCUCGAGAAGGGGCUAGGGUUCUGGCCUUGGGUUACAAAGAAAUUGGACACCUCAGUCACCAGCAGGUCCGUGAGAUGAGUCGCGAUACUCUGGAGUGUGACUUGCGUUUUGCUGGGUUCAUGGUUGUAUCCUGCCCACUCAAGAACGACAGCAAGGCUGUCAUCAGGGAGAUCCAGGAAGCAUCUCAUCAUGUGGUGAUGAUCACUGGCGAUAACCCUCUAACAGCGUGUCAUGUAGCAAGAGAGCUCUACUUCAUCCAGAAAGAACACACACUUAUAUUGCAGCCAAGCGCACGACAGGGUGAAUGGCAUUGGGAAUCCAUAGAUGGAAGCGUGUGUGUACCGGUACCUCCUCCCUCUGUAUCCUCAUUUGUGCGUCAGUUUGAUUUAUGUGUAACAGGGGAGGGGCUCGCCAGACUAAGCUGUGACCCACGAUUACUCCACACCCUCUUGCCUCACAUACAAGUGUUUGCCCGUGUCAGUCCGAAACAGAAGGAAUUUGUCAUCACAAGUCUAAAAGGGCUAGGUUACAUCACCUUAAUGUGUGGUGAUGGCACAAAUGAUGUUGGAGCUCUGAAGCAUGCCCACAUAGGUGUUGCUCUGCUAGCUAAUGCCCCUGAGCGCAUGCCUGAAAAAAAGAAAAGGGGGAGAGAGAAGGAGGCAUCCACAGCAGAUUCCAGACCAUUACCACCUGUUGGUGCAGCAGGUAAAUUGAGCUCCAGGGCAGCCAGGCACAGGGUGAUGGCCCAGAGAGAAGAGCAGCUUGCAGCACAGAAGGAGAGGAUAAGUCAAGUUUUACGUGAACUUGAAGAGGAUCAGGUACAAGUAGUGAAGCUGGGUGAUGCUUCCAUUGCAGCCCCUUUCACCUCCAAACUGUCCUCCAUACAGUGCAUUUGCCAUGUAAUAAAGCAAGGCCGAUGUACACUAGUGACAACUCUUCAAAUGUUCAAGAUUCUUGCUCUCAAUGCCCUAGUACUGGCGUACAGUCAGUCUGUACUCUACCUCGAGGGAGUCAAGUUCAGUGAUUUCCAGGCAACUCUUCAAGGCCUUUUAUUGGCUGGAUGCUUCCUGUUCAUCUCGAGAUCAAAGCCACUAAAAACUCUGUCUCGGGAGCGGCCUUUACCAAACAUCUUCAAUCUUUACACAGUCUUGACUGUGCUGCUUCAGUUUGCUGUUCACUUCUGUAGCCUAGUUUAUCUUUACAGAGAGGCGCAAAGCAGAAGUCCACCAAGAGAGGAGCAAUUUGUAGAUCUAUAUAAAGAGUUUGAGCCCAGUCUUAUUAACAGCACCGUGUACAUAAUGUCUAUGGCCAUGCAGAUGGCUACCUUUGCCAUUAAUUACAAGGGUCACCCCUUCAUGGAGUCUCUCAGUGAGAAUCGACCACUACUGUGGAGUAUCGCUUUGUCAGGUCUAGCGAUUGUGGCACUCCUUACAGGUUCCUCACCAGAAUUCAAUGAGCAGUUUGCUCUUGUAGAUAUUCCAACUGAGUUCAAACUGAUCAUUGCCCAAGUACUAGUUGUGGACUUUGCCACCGCUCUGCUGGUGGACCGUGUCCUGCAGUUCCUGCUGGGCAAAGGAACUCUCAGGCUGCCUUCUUGAACUCAGUGCCAACAGCAACUGCUGCCGUAACCUACCAAACUGUAAAAGGAGAAAGACUUUGGAGCUGGACUUGAGAAAUUAAGCUGUUGUGAAAACCACAAGGCAGCUCAGAUAGUCAUGGCAUACAGUACUGUACACUCCUCUAGUCCUCCUCUACCCCUCAUAACCAACUGUGUCUCUGUGUUUUCAUCAGCUGUUUUUUAAUUCUGUUCUCUUUGUAACCCUCUUGUUUUUUCUACAUUCUGUCUCUCUUCAACUGUCCUGCCCCGCUGCUACAAAAGGCCAUGGAGACAGCAGUAUUGAGUGAAGUGGGAAACUGUGCCACUGACAGUGAAACAUACAGUAACAGACAUACAAAGGGUGCAUUCUUUAAGAGAAUGCUAAAGUGUUUUGUUUUUUGUUUGAUUCCUCUACUUGUUUUUGUAAAAAGUGAAAAGACAUCUCUAACAAACUUAUAAAGACUUACAGAUACAAAUUAUA